CUUGUUUGUUGACAUUACUACAUCAUGUAGUUGUGUUGUGGAACGUGCCAUCGCGCCGUAUCUAACAUUUAUCGCGCGAAGUAAACAAAUUCUUCUGUCUAUUAAUUAAUGACAUAAACUGCUUAACAUUUACUGUGAACUAUUGGACACUCUCAGACUUAUGUGACGAUCGUCGCUGUGAUUGUGAAGGAACAAAAAGGCGGGCUAAAAUCAGUGUGCGAGUGGCGAUUACCAAUCUAUUUAUAGCCGGACCUAUGGCGCGAUAAAGCUGUUUUACGUGCUGCUAAUGUGUAUCAGUGUCAUAAUAACAUUCCAAUUGCAAUUUACGCCUUAGGAAGACUUUUUCAAUUCUUAUUGGACAUUAUUUCUAUGAGCCUGUAAAGGAAAACGUAGCCGCGAAACUAGUUUGACAGCUCAUGCAUGCACACAAAUGAAAGGGAACGCAAUGCGCAUGUGUGCGUGUAAGUGAUGUGAAAUUCUUAUGUAUGCGCUUAUCGAUUGGCAAGAUUAUUUCAAGGACACCGGUGAGGACUAAUGUAUGAUUUAUUGUUGUAAAUUGAUACUAACAUUACGAAAGCUGGUCUUUCAAAAACAAUUUAAUCAUGGAGUCGCCGAUGCUCGACAGUAAAAAUGCCGAGGUCACAAUAAAUACGUGCACAAGUUCAAGUUCAAAUCAAUUUAUCCCAGACAACUUGGAACUUCCUGAUGAUACAUUCCGUAUGGGUUUAGAUAAUUUUUCUAUGAUUGGAGAGAACGUGACUAUAGGCAGGGAGAUGUCGGUGGACAGCAGCGUAGCUUCUAACGCCGAAACUCCUACUGUAGAACUACCUACGCCGAUGCAAACACCUGAUACGCAGACACCCGACAUAGAGUCUCCUAAAGUCCAAACCCCACCUUUAGAGAGUUACUCUCCCCCCAUAAUAGAGACGCCGAAACUUAUCGAGGCAAAAGCCGAGGCUGAGAUUCGUAGACCGCAAACAUUGCUACAAUUAUCGCUAUCAAAGAAAAACGACAACGAUGUGUUCGUUAAACCGUCUCCAGUCGCCGAGCUUAUGUCGCCAGCUAGAAUGCUACAAUUUGAAGUCGAGGCCUCCAGUGCCACGCCGACUAUGAAACGAGCUGCCGUGGACUUUGAUUUCUUCAGCAAAAACAAUUUUGAAGAGUAUUUCGUGGAAUCGGAGCCGAAAGACGACCGAAAGGCAGAGGAUCCGGGAGAUGGCAGCACGUACAAGGAAACACCGGUUAUAGUGAAGGCCGAUACCGUGCGCCAUGAAAUAGGUUACGUUAAUCUCAAUGGCGCCGCUAAAGUGGACAUAUCACAUUUCGACUUGCUCAAAGUGCUUGGAACUGGAGCGUACGGCAAAGUGUUUCUAGUUAGGAAAAGAUGUGGCAUCGACGAAGGAAAGUUGUACGCCAUGAAGGUUUUGAAAAAGGCAUCGAUAGUACAGAAAUUGAAGACUGCUGAGCAUACUAGGACUGAAAGACAGGUCCUGGAGGCUGUGAGGGCGUGUCCGUUCCUGGUGACACUGCACUAUGCUUUCCAGACCGACGCUAAAUUACACCUUAUACUUGAUUACGUGGCCGGUGGUGAGCUAUUCACCCACCUUUACCAGAGAGAGCAUUUCAACGAAAAUGAAGUCAGGAUAUACAUAGCUGAAAUUAUAUUGGCUCUUGAGCAAUUGCAUAAGCUCGGAAUCAUCUACCGGGACAUCAAACUCGAGAACAUACUCCUUGACGCUGAAGGUCACAUCGUGCUGACAGACUUCGGACUCUCCAAGGAGUUCUGUGGUGGCGAGAGCAGGGCUUACUCGUUCUGCGGCACCAUCGAGUAUAUGGCGCCUGAGGUCGUCAGGAGCGGCAGUCAGGGUCAUGAUAUUGCAGUAGACUGGUGGUCAGUAGGCGUGUUGACAUACGAGCUGCUGACCGGAGCUUCCCCGUUCACGGUGGAGGGCGAGAAAAACACGCAGCAGGAGAUUACCAAGCGUAUCGUGAGGUGCAGCUACCCCGUCCCGCCUGAUGUCAGUCCGGAGGUCCAGGACUUUAUUAGGAAAUUACUAGUAAAAGACCCUCGCCGUCGGCUCGGUGGAGGCGAGCACGACGCUGAGGAACUCAAGAGGCAUCCGUUUUUCCAGAACCUGGACUGGGAAGCGGUAGCGCGUCGUGAGAUCCCCGCACCGUUCGUGCCCGUGCUCACCCAUGCGGCCGACACGUGCAACUUCGCGGACGAGUUCACCCGCAUGCCGCCGACAGACUCGCCCGCGCAGGCGCCUAAGCACCACGAUAAGUUGUUCCUUGGCUACUCCUAUGUGGCACCCAGCAUAUUAUUCUCAGAAAAUGUGAUAUCAGAUCAAAUAUGGAUGCAGGCGACUGGACAGAAACACGACAAACUCAAAGGAUGGGUCGCUAAGGAUUCGCCGUUCUUCCAGAAGUAUGCGGUGGAAUUGAGCACUCCAUUACUCGGUGACGGCUCAUAUUCCGUGUGUAGGAAGUGCAUACAUAGGCAGACUGGCAAGGAAUAUGCUGUUAAGAUCAUAUCAACGCAGAAAAAAGACAUUAAACAAGAGAUAGAGUUAUUGAAGGCGUGUCAAGGAUGCCCCUACAUCAUCACACUGCACGAGGUCUUCCAUGAUUCUGCCUUCACGUACAUAGUGACAGAGUUAGCUCUAGGCGGGGAGUUAGCUGCCGUGCUGACGGGCGGCGUAGCGGAGCGCAUAGCGCGCAGGUUACUGGCACAACUGGCGCUAGCCUUGCGACACAUGCACUCCCGACGCGUCGUGCACAGGGACCUUAAGCCUGAGAAUAUCCUGCUAACGACGUCCCGGCUGAGCGAGGCGAAGGUGAAGGUGGUGGACUUCGGCUUCGCGCGUCGGGCUCCCGACUGCGCAGAGGACAGGCCCAGGAUGAUGACGCCUUGCUUUAGCCUGCCGUACGCGGCGCCGGAGGUGGUGUCCCGCGCCCGCAGCGCGGCGGCGCCGGGCUACGGCCCGCAGUGCGACCUGUGGAGUCUCGGCGUCGUCUAUUACUACAUGCUAUGCGGUAAGGCGCCGUUUCAGCCGGUGUCGAAGAAAGAGCCCAUCACUGCCUUCAUGGAUAGAAUUAGGACCGGCAACUUUACUAUGGACGGUCCGAUCUGGGAGCAGAUAUCGACAGAAAGCAAGCGCAUCGUGCUGGGGCUGCUCGCCGUGGACCCGCUGCGCCGCUUCGGCACCGACGAGCUGCUGGCCGCGCUCGGCAUCACCAUACCUGACACUAGCAGUGGAUUUAAGUUAGCUGACAUGACCAAAGCGGACCUAUACAAGCGUCGCUACAAGAACAAGCAUCGGUCGUCCAGCGCGUCCGACGCCGCCACCUCACGCUCCGACACCACCGACACCGAGCUCACUGCCGACCUGCACAGCCGCCCCGACCACAACUCCAUCGACAACGACGUGCAGCUCAUCAAGGCCAACACCAUCGACACACCAGUCACAGAGACCCCUGAACCAACCUUCACAGACAUCGACGACGAAGUACCCCCCGUCAAACCAGUCGAAAAGACAUACGCCAAAUCUAGGUCCAAAUUAGACGACUACAUCUACAUAGAAAGCAGUCAAGGCCUCGACGGCACUGAAGUAGCUUUCCCCAAAACUAGCCGCGCCAAAAAAUCUAAAUCUCCCGUUCCUAGGAAACGCAGAAAAAUUGAAACUAGACAGACUAAAAAGGAAGUCAAUGGAGACAGGGAGUUGCGCAGUAAAGUGGAGAAUGGUACCCGCGGUAGGAAGACUAAGGAAGUUGUUAAACGGGUGCUUAGGAGUAAGAGUGUUACGGAGAAAAAUAGGGCCACUAAAGAAUCUAUAGAGAAUGAAAAGACGGUCGUGACCAGAGUCACUCGGAAGCGGAAAUAUGAGGAGCUAACCAAACCCGUUUUGAGGGAAAAGGGACAGAAUGAAAGGUCUUCCCGCAAGGCCAGUCCCGAACCCGUAGUGGAAGAACGGAAGGUAGUUCGCGCUAGGAAAACGAAGGCUAAGAAUGUUCCUGUGAAAGCUGAAAUAGAUGUAUCUGAAACGAAUGUUCGGAUGACGCGGUCGCGGCGGCGGCGCCUCGAGGUGUCGCUGUCGCCCUCCGAGGUGCCGCAGCUGCUCUCCGUGGACUCCCGCGCCAGUGAGCUGUCUGCGAAGGCCAAGCGGCGGCCUGCCAAGCCGCGGCCUGCCAAGCCGCGGCCUGCCAAGCCCCGCGCCGCGCGCUCGCGCCGGUGAACACAUCCACACUGCUCCCCCACUCCGAUACAUAAUAUUCUAGUUAUCCCCCCUGCCCUCCCCGACACGGCGACCGCUAACCUCAAAUUCCAAAUGAGACAAAUAGUGAUGCAAUCAAAUUAUGGACGCUUUGCUCACGAUAGACGAAAUAAAACUAAUUUAUUCAACGACGAAAAAAAGAGUAAGUUAUAUUUCUUUAAAGUGUGUAGGUAAGCCUCUGAGAAAAACUAGUUCGUGAAAAUAACGUUAGACAUGUUUUUAUUUUUUAAUCCUUUUAUUUAAUGUUACUAUUAAUUUUUAAGAUACUUUUUUCCCUAUUAUUACCAUUAGAAUUAAUUCUUUGAAGUUGGUUAUUAUGUAUUUUUGAUUAGAAUAAUUAAAAAAAUAAUUAAUUAAAGAAAUAGGUAAAUUGGUGUGAUUGAGCACUUAUCUGUAGGUGAGAGUAAAUUGUUUUGUGAAUUAAUAUAAUUUAUUGUUUCAUGGCGCUGCAGUAUCUUGCUCCUUUGUUGCGAUUUGUUCACGUGGGGGGUUCGGCUAGCGAGGCGACUGGAUCCAACUGUAUCAAACUGUCCAAUCACCUCAACAAUCCCUCAUCUGAUCAAAUCAUCAUAGAGUAACUACAAAUUAUCCGUCACUCGAUGUCAAGUUUUCGUAAAUAUCAAAAUCGUUCACAGAUCUCUUUCAGUAACUAUAAAUAAAAAUGAUUUAAUUUGUUUGUGUGUGUAUAUUUGUUUGAAUAGGAUAAUAGGUUAAAUUUGUAAAUGUUCCCUUCGAUAUAAUAGGCGUUUGUAUUACAAUACAUACUUCAUUCUUCCACUUUGCAAAAAAAUGUAAAAAAAAUGAAUAUACAUAUAUAUAUUUAUUUAUGGUGAAAGUGCCAAAGCAAGCUUGGAAAUUCCGCUUAUAUAUAACGCGUUCUAAAUUAUUUGUAAUUGUUUCAAAUCACAUAUAAAUACUUCCUAAUUUGUAUACGGGUUGUUUAAAAUUGUCAAGUAAUCAUUUGUAAUGUUGUUUGUUGUGUUUGAGCGUACUUUAGUCUGUGGUGGCGUCGUCUUGUUCUUCCAAACUAAAACUUGGACUUCAGUUUCUAUUCUAUCUAAAGCAGAAAAUACCAAAAAAAUGUAUAAUGUUGUCCAUUCAUCUGCUUUAUCUAGUGAGACUCGCAAUCUUUACAAUCUAUUUAUCUCUCAACAACACUUUAACUGAAAAAAUAGUUAAACAACCCAUACACAAUGUUAAUCUACUUCUUUUGUCGUUAAAAGCGCUUUUACCAAAUAAAAACUAUAUUGUUUUGGGCUCACUUCCCUGUAAAUAUACUAUGAUAGCAUUUAGUACAAAUUCGGUGGAAGAGUUAUAAAAAAAUAUUAUUUAUAAUCAAAUUUGAAGAAGGAAAUAGUCUCAAUUGUCAAAGUCUCACGUUACUCUAUUACGUCGUGAUACGAUAAGGCACUGAUGAAUAAAUAUUCUAAUAUUAGCUGAUUAAGCUUGACUGUGUAUGUUUUGAAUUUCAAAAAUUUAGUUACAAAUGAAUUGUUGCAUGCUGUUAUACUUUAAUGAUGUAAAUUGUUGUUAAAACCUAAUAUGUGCGCCAAAUUCAGUUGUACGACUGAUUAAUAUCAAUAAAUAUAGUGUUAUGUACUGCAUUUCGGCUGUUCGGCUAAACAUGGGAACGAGAUCGAGCAAACUGCUCUCUCAUUCACUCGCCGUGGAACAAUAACUUCGCUUAUUGAUGUGAGUGACGAAUUCCCGAAGUUUUAGCGAAACACUGCCGACAAGGACUUAUUUGCAUGUAACAUUGACGAAAGAUAUAGACAUUUUAGUAUGUAGUACAUGACAUCAAAUUUUGUUAUAUAUAUUAGCUCAAAUAUAUAUUACUGAAUCUGAUUUUAGAUUAUAUAGCUUAUACAAGUGUUUCAUUAGUGUCAAGUACUUCCACCAUUGAUGGGUACAUAGAUUUUGUAUGGAUUAUUUAUUUCGUGGGUGGCUACAUCCAACAUUAGUUCAGUCCAAUACCUUUUAUAGUGUUAGUAUUAUUUAACCAUACAAUCAUUGUGGGAGUACUUGCGCUAAACAGUAUGUUGUUGCAAUUUACAAACAAUUAUGAGCAAUCCAAUGUAAUUUUAUACACCUCAAUGAUAUUUAGUCCAUAGAUUGUGAAUGUUUUGAAGCAAAGAUCUUAAUUUAUACAGCCAGUCAGAGAAAAGCCAUGUUUUAAGCAAAGGUAUACUAGUGCCGACGCGUAUUACGAUAUACUUUUUGUUUCGGAAAUUGUAAAUUUCCCCGAAUGCUUAACUCGAGUAGCCUUUACGUCACGUAAGUCGUAAAGUUUGUAAAAGUGCACUUAAAUGGAUUGUACCAAAAGAUUAUAUAAUUUUAUAAUAAAGUGUUAGUUAAUGAUGUCGGCGUAAAACAAAUUUUGUAAGACGUUACAUGGAUGCCGGCUGGAGAUAUUGGAUUGUAAUAAAUAUACCAUUUUAACAUUA